UCUUAUUUUAAUUCGUUACUGAACUAGUACGUACCAAAGUUCAUUCUUUUCGCCGAGUCCAAUGUGAAGUGUUUGAAACUUGAAAGAUGUUGAAGAUUACCAGUAUUAAGCAUUUAACUUCAAAUGCAGUCAAACAUAAUUUACAAGGGAAGAAAACUUGCCCAAAAUAUUACAGUUCUGGAGGAUUCCCUGAAAGCGAAUAUUUAGAGAAAAGUUCUGUACCAACUUACCACUUUCAGAAAAGUCUCCCAAGAUUGCCAGUUCCAAAACUUGAAAAAACCUGUGAAAGAUAUCUUGCCUCUCAGAAACCACUGUUAUCUGCAGAUGAUUACUCUAGAACAGAAUCUUUGGUGAAAAACUUUCAAGAAACCGAUGGACAGGUAUUGCAAGAAGAAUUGGUUGCCACAGAUAAAAAAAAUAAACACACUAAUUAUGUAUCAGAUGUAUGGUUUGAUAUGUAUUUGAAAGACAGACGACCUGUUGUUAUUACCCACAAUCCUUUUAUGGUAUUUAAUGAUGAUCCAAGACGUGAAUAUAAUAAUCAAUUAUUGCGAGCAACCAACAUGGUGGUUUCAUCAGUGAAAUUUAUGAAAACUUUACGAGAUGAAUAUUUAUCUCCGGAAGUAUUUCAUUUAAAUCCAGCUAAAAGUGACAAUGAAAGUUUUAGACGUCUUGUUAGAAUGUUACCUGAAGCAUUAUCAUGGUACGGAGCAUACUGGUAUAAAGCUUUUCCUCUAGAUAUGAGCCAGUAUAAACGAUUAUUUUGUUCGACUCGGAUACCUAGACACAAGAAAGAUGAACUUUAUACUGAUCCAUCAGCUAAACAUCUUGUAGUUCUUAGAAAUGGAAAUCUCUAUUUAUUUGAUGUACUUGAUAGAGACGGCAAUAUUGUAGCUGUAGAAGACAUCAUGGCACAUAUUAAAUAUAUACUGGAAGAUAAAACACCAAGUCCAGAAUAUCCAGUUAGUAUCUUAACCUCAGAAAAUCGUGAUGUAUGGGCAACAGUCAGAGAACAACUUGUUAAUGCAGGUAAUGAGAAUACAUUAAAAUUAGUAGAUGGUGCUGUGUUUGCACUUGUAUUAGAUGAUGCCCAACCCACUGAUCCCAAUCAAGUAUCUAGAGCUUUUUUACAUGGUAAUGGCAUUAACAGAUGGUUUGAAAAAAGUUUUAUGCUAAUUUUGAAUAAAGCUGGAACAGCUGCUGUCAAUUUUGAGCAUGCUUGGGGUGAUGGUGUGGCUGUUUUAAGAUAUUUUAAAGAAGUAUUCAAGGAUACCACUGAGAAACCUAGUGCCAAUCCUGAUACUCGUCCCUCAUCUAUAGAUUCCUCUAAAAGUGUACAAAGAUUAGAAUUCAAUCUUGACAGAAAUAUUGAGACAAAAAUAACAGAAGCCAAACAGAAAUUUGAUGCCAAGAUAAAUUCUUUAGAUUUUCACCAUCUUGAAUAUCAAAAAUACACUCGUCAGUUUAUAAAGAAACAGAAACUUAGUCCUGAUUCGGUUUUACAACUAGCAAUACAGAUGGCAUUUUAUCGUAUGUAUGGUAAAACAGUCGGAACAUAUGAGUCAUGUAGUACAUCAGCUUAUAAACAUGGCCGUACAGAAACUAUUAGACCAUGUACAUUAGCUACUUUAAAGAUGUGUGAGCUGGUAUAUAAUAAAAACACAACUGCCUCUGUAGAAGAAUUACAGGCAACCAUUAAGGAGUGUUCUACUGUUCAUUCAGAAUUAACUAAAAAUGCUGCAAUGGGUCAUGGAUUUGAUCGUCAUUUAUUCACGUUGAAGAGACUGGCUGAAGCUCAAGGAAAAAACCUAGAUAUAUUUGCUGAUCCGUCCUAUAAUUAUAUAAAUCAUAUCAUCCUCUCCACAUCUACAUUAUCAGAUCCAUCAGUUCUCAUAGGAGGUUUUGCACCGGUUGUUCCUGAUGGUCUUGGUAUAGGUUACUCUGUCGAAGAUAAUCGUCUAGGUUUUAAUGUGACAAGUUUUCCACCUGCUCGAGAUGUACAUGGUUUUAUAGAAAGUUGUCAAGUAGCACUAGAUGAUAUAUACAGUAUAUUACAAGGCCAAAAACCUAGCAAUAAAUCGUGAUCUUUGUCUAUUUGUGAUAUCUCAUUUAGUUAUUGGUUAAUAUUUCCUUAUGUAAGCAGAUUAUCAGGUUAUGACAUUUUUUCAAUAUGAAAUAUAUCUUAGCUACAUGUAAUAAUAAUAUUCAUGGAGUUCCCAAAAUCCAGCAUGAUGUUUUGCCCCUUGGAUCUAUUACUUGGCAAAUUCAAUACAUGAUACAUACAUCAAUAAACUUAAAUAUGAACAUAAUACUCAACUUCAAAAAUGGAGCAAUGUUCAUUAAAAUCCCUAAUUUUACAAGAUAUUUUUUUUCUGAAUACUGUUAUAUAAUGUAAAUUGUUUAUUUGUUAUUAAUUCCACAAGACAUACUGUUUACUGUGUAAUAUUAUUGUGAUCUAUAUUUACAUGAACAUCUAUUUAUGUAUUUUUUGAUGAA